AUGGCGCAGAAAGGAGUUCAUCUGGACCGUGAAUCUUUCUCUUGUCCCAUCUGUUUGGAUCUACUGAAGGAUCCGGUGACUGUUACCUGUGGACACAGCUUCUGCAUGAGCUGUAUUCAAUCCUACUGGGACACUGAGGAUGAGAAGAAGAUCUACAGCUGUCCUCAGUGCAGACAGACCUUCACACCGAGGCCUGUCCUGAUGAAAAGCACCCUGUUAGCAGGUUUAGUGGAGGAACUGAAGAAGAGCGGACUCCAAGCUGCUCCUGAUGAUCCCUCUGAUGCUGGACCUGAAGAUGUGGCCUGUGAUUUCUGCAGUGACAGAAAACUGAAAGCUGUCAAGUCCUGUCUGCAAUGUCUGGCUUCUUACUGCCAGAUUCACCUCCAGCCUCAUUUUGAAUCAAAAACAUUUAAGAAACACAAGCUGGUGGAGCCCUCCAAGAAGCUCCAGGAGAACAACUGCUCUCUUCAUGACGAGGUGAUGAAGAUCUUCUGCCGCACUGAUCAACAGUCUAUAUGUUAUCUCUGCCCUGUGGACCAACACAAAGGCCAUGACACAGUCUCAGCUGCAGCAGAAAGAGCUGAGAGGCAGAAAGAUCUGGAGAAGAGUCGAGAAAACAUCCAGCAGAGAAUCCAGGACAGAGAGGAAGAUGUGAAGCUGCUCCAACAGGAGGUGGAGGCUAUCAACGGCUCUGCUGAUAAAGCUGUGGAGCACAGCCAGGAGAUCUUCAACCAGCUGAUCUGUCUCAUGGAGAAACGUCGCUCUGACGUGGAGCAGCAGGUCAGAUCCCAGCAGAAACGUGAAGUGAGUCGAGUCAAAGAUCUUCAGGAGAAACUGGAGCAGGAGAUCACUGAGCUGAAGAGGAAAGACGCUGAUCUGCAGAAGCUCUCACUCACAGAGGACCACAACCAGUUUCUGCACAGCUACCCCUCACUGUCAGGACCGGGUCAACCUGCAGACUCAUCCAGGAUCAACAUCCGUCCUCAGAGAUACUUUGAGGAGGUGACAGCAGCUGUGUCAGAGGUCAGAGAUAAACUCCAGGAUCUUCUGACAGAGACGUGGACAAACGUCUCACAGGCAGUGACUGAAGUGGAUGUUUUACUGUCAGAACCACCAGAACCAGAACCCAAGACCAGAGCUGGUUUCUUAAGAUAUUUACAAAGAAUCACACUGGAUCCAAACACAGCAGAAAGACGUCUGUCAUUAUCUGACGGAUACAGAAGAGCAACAUGUUCACCUCAACGACAGUCUUAUCCUGAUCACCCAGACAGAUUCACCUUUUAUACUCAGGUCCUGAGUAGAGAGAGUCUGACUGGACGUUGUUACUGGGAGGUGGAGCGUAGAGGGGGCAGCGUUCGUGUAGCAGUCGCAUACAAGACUAUCAGCAGAGCAGGAGGAUCAGAUGAUUGUUUAUUUGGAAACAAUGACAAAUCUUGGAGGUUAGACUGUUAUAAAGACACGUAUGAAUUUGUGCACAACAAAGUCCGCACUGAUGUCUCAGGUCCUCAGUCCUCCAGAGUAGGAGUGUACCUGGAUCACAGAGCAGGUAUUCUGUCCUUCUACAGCGUCUCUGAAACCAUGACUCUCCUCCACAGAGUCCAGACCACAUUCACUCAGCCACUACAUGCUGGACUGUGGUUACCCUAUGGAUACUCUGCUGAGUUUAUUGAAGUGAAAGAAAGAGAAUUUUGAGUCAAUCAGACCAAAAACAUGUAAAAGAGAUCAUUGAACUCUUGAAAUGUUCUGGUUUGUAAAUGUUUGUGGAUCAGUCUCACCAAAAACUGUCGGUUUAUUUCUUCAUUUCAGCUUUUUCAUUCUUUUCCAAAGAGGCUGAUUUGGCCAUGUCUCUGAGCACUGAUCAUCUUGUACUUCUGGGUACUCCAGGUAGGUUGCAGUUCUGGAAUAUGACAGCACCGGAGGAUAAGCGAUUCCUGGUAGCUUUACGUUUGAGUCUUCUCAAAUCUUUGGCAGUUAAUUUGCGUCUUUUUUUCUUAACACAUUUCUUGCGACCCUGUUGACUAUUUGCAUCAAAAUGUUUGCUGAUUCUGUGAUCACGCCCAAAUAUCUAAGCAAUUUCAAGAGUGCUGCAUCCCUCUGAAAGACUUUUUACAUUUUUUGACUUUUCAAAGUCACUUAAAUCUCUUUUUUGGCCCAUUUUUCCUGAGGAAAAAAAAGCUGCCUAAUAAUUAUGCACACCUUGAUAUAGGGUUUUGAUCUCCUUAGGCCCCAGCCUCCUUCAUUACACUAGUACACAUUACCUGAUCUGCUUAUAUCCAAUAAGCAUUCAAGUUUAUACAGCUUGGAGUUGGAAAAUAUGCAUAAAAAUGAUAUGAUCAAAAUACUCACUUGCCCAAUAAUUGUUCACACAGUGUAUGAACCAAGAAAAGCCUAUCAUCCAAGGUAAAUGUGGUUGAGGUGCUGAACUCUUGUUACAAAAAAAAAAAAGCUUAUCACUCAUUUAAGUCACACCCACUCUCAUCCCCCCAAAUAAAAAUAAUACACAAACAAAAUCUCUGAAAUCAAAAAUUUCUCAAAAAGGAGAAAACUUGCCAAAUAUUUUUGUUUCAUGAGUUAUUUUUAUUUUGAAAAGUUUUUGUCAUUCAUUUUUGUUGUAAAAUCCUGUCACCAUUUUGCCAAUAUUCUAGCGCUUCAGUAAAAUUUUAUGCAUUGUCUGUUCAUGAAAUUUUUUUUUUUUUUUAAUUAAUUUAAUCUUUAAUGACGUUCCUGUUUUCUUGCAUUCACUUUCAGAUCUCCAACAUUAUUCAUCACUGAGAGAUUUCAUGCUGUUACAGCUUGUCAAGGUUAAACUGAAUUGUUUGUUGUGGGCACCUGGAUUGGUUGCUGUGUUGCUCAACAAGACUGAGCAGGUUCAACCCAACACCCACCUGUGUCAGAUGGGUGAGGUGUUUGGGCAGGUAGCUCAGUCUUCAGGAGAAAAGAUGAGUCAAAUGAAUUUAAGUUGA